UCUAUCAUCAUAGUCACCGGACCAAUUCCUGAUUCAGGGACAACAAAACAACGCUAGCAGUAGAGGGAGAGCACAAGUAACACCCGAUGGCCUCGACGUUGGAGGCUGAGAACUUGCAUCACGUGGUCAUGGCCGGUGACCACAUCUCAUCGGGAUCUCAUACAGAGCUCGACCGCAGCAGCAGCGGCGGCCGGGCGACCAGGAGCAGUCGGGAGCUUGAAGAUCGCGGCACCGCAGUGGCCAUACCACCGCAGCAACACGCCGGUGGAAGUGCCGGCGGGGGGGCCGUCUCGGCAACAAGGGCGGCCGCUGAGAGCGUUGUUGCUGGCAGAGGCGGCCCAACAACCGCAGUUGUAGCAGAAUCCGGCGACGGCGGCAUGCAGCAGCAGCAACGACCACAGCGAAGAGCGUCUGCUGGGUCUUCAAGCAGCAGCAGGAAUCCACGAAGGUUGUCUUCGAGCGGCGGCGGCGGCGGUGGCGACAGCAACGACGGCCCUGCCUCCUACGAAGGCUGGAGCGCCGCCGCGGGCCUAGCCAACGGCGUUGGGAGCGGUAGCAUGAGGCCGAGCUCUGCGCCUAGGACGAUGGCGCACGACACCACCGGUAACCCGAGAGAUAGUAACGGCAUCUCCAGGCGGCGGUCCCGAGGCAAGAGCACGAGCGGCAGUGGUGGGGACGGCAGCAGCAGCGGCGGCGGCGGCGGUGGCGGUGGAGGGCGCUCCAUGUCUCCCACCACAACUCCUGCUACUACUACUCAGAAGAGCAUUACGCGCACGAGCUCCAACCACAGGCUUCGCCUCACCACCGAAGGAGAGAGCAGCGGCGGCGGCGGCGGCCUGGACGCUUCAUCGCCAUCGCCGGCAGGAAAAGUCACCGAGUUGGAGGACGUGGUGGCGGGACACCAGGCGGCCGGCGAGCUGGCGGCACUGGAGAGAGCGGUGGUGGCGGCCUCCAAGAUCACCCCGCCUCCGGCCGACGGCGGCGGCGGCGGCGGCGGCGGCGGCGGCGGCGGUGACUUCACCGCCCGCAUGAUGGGGACCGGGCCAGCCUCCCGGUCGAGGCGGAACAGCGGCGGCAACAGCAUCGGGGGCAGCUGGGAGCAGCAGGAAGUAGCGGAGACCGGACAGGCGGGACCCCCCGGCGGUAUCCCCCCGGCACCGCCCAAGACCCCGUCCGCGUCCUCGUCCGCCGGGUCGGGCGUGUCGGUGUCCUCCACCGGCGCGACCCAGGCGGUCGAAGUUCUGUCCCACGGGAGCCCGACCGCGGCGAUGACCUCGCCCGAGCGGCGGCGGCGCACCAGAGACUUCGCGCCGGCCAUGCACGCCAGCCCGAUCAGCAGGGCGGCCGCGGCCGCUGCCCGCGGGGGGAGCGGCAGCAACGGCGGCGGCGGCGGCGGCAGCGGAAUCGUUUCGGACCAGCCUCGCUCGUCCCGCGCGAUGCCCGCCGCGGUGAUCUCCACCACGUCGGCAGGGGGCAGCAGCAGGAGGGGUCGGAGGGAGCUGCAGCCGCCGCAUUCGAUCAACAUGACGGAGGGGGACGAGGGACCUCCGUCCCGGCCGAGAAAAAACAGCGGCGGCGGCGGCGGGCCGCAGUUCAGAGGGGACGGGGGAGGAGGCAGGCCUAGCGGCGAGCGUAGAGAGCGCGGGAGCCGCGGGGCUGGCGGCGGCCGCCCCCGGCGGAGCGGGCGGGGGGGCAAGAAUGGCCUGCCGAGGGGCCGGGCGGUGGGCAGGAACGGCAGGCGUGGGCGGCGGUCGGUGAGCAUGCCACAGAGCGGCCACCGCGGCCCCGGGGCGUUCGGCCUUGCCCCCGUGGUGGAGGGCGAUGCCGAGGAGGAGGAGGAAGAGGAGGAAGAGGGAGACGAGACUGAGGAUGACCAAGACAUGGUGUUCAAGGUGGUGAACAAGGACGCGGAAGAACCGGUCAGUGAUUCACGGAACCCCGCUGAGGAGAAAGACGUCCCGUUCGACGUGACGCCCCAGAACUACCGCGCGGGAGAGGCGUGGCACCCUGAGCGUCAGAAUGCCGCUCUGGCAUCCACCUCACCGCUCGACCUAGCCGGCACCGGGCUGGACCGCCGCGGGGACUCCCGCGUGAACAAGAAGCCCCACAAGUUCGGCGGUGGCAACAGCAGCGGCAGAGAAGGAGGGGGAGUGCACUUUUCCUUGAAGAAGUUUCACAUACGGGGGCAUCGGGUCAUGAAAGGGAGGGACCACAAGGAAGACGACGGCGCCGGCGCCGGCGGGGGCGGGGGCGGGAGCGUGACCGGGUUUUCCGGGCAGGCCGCUAGGGGGCAGGACGCGGGCGCGGCGGAAGCAACUGUGGCGGCGGCUGCGGUUGGUUGGUCGAAGGGGGCCAAGGGCGGCGAGGGAGCAGCGGCUUCGGGGGGGACCGCGCCCCCCGGCUCGAGCAACCCCACCGCGUCUUUGGCUACGGCAGCUGCCGCUCCCCUGGCGAGAAGAAACAGCGACUCGUCGCAUGCCGAGUACGGUGCGGCAGCGGGCAGGGCGGCGGCGGCGGCGGCGGCGAGAGGCAGCAGCCCUCCCUCCGCUCCCCGCCGCGCCAGCACCGGGGAAGACUCGAGAGAGAACGGCAACAGAGGGGGGUCCCCGCCGCCCCCGCCGGCGCCAGCGGGCCCGAAGGUCUCUCCCGGUAGCGGGGAGAAGGGGCUCACUCGGCAGCAGAUGGCCGCGGCGAUGGUGGCGAAGCGGAGCCAGGCCCUCCGGCAGGGGAGAGGCCUCAUGGAGAACUCCUUCCUGAUCGGCAUCUGUUCGGCGGUCGCCCCGCCCGCCUCCGGGGGCGCCGGCGCCGGCGGGGGGCUGGCGGCGGCAGCGGCGGCGGCGACGGCCGCCGCCGCCGUUGCGGCGAAGAACGGCGACGACGGCGAAGAGGAAGACCCGCUGUACCUCGGGAUCAUCCCUCCGUCGCAGAAGCAGAUCGUCAUCCCGCAGCACGAGUCGCACCACGAGACCAGGCCCGUCGGGGAGCUACAGCUGUCCCCGGGCUACCAGGCGCUCGCCGCCGCCGCGAACGGGCGUCCGGGAGGCGGCGGCAGCGGUUUCGUGUCCCCGACGAGUAGGGGCUUGUCGCCGGAGAGCGGGGCGGUGGCCGAGGCGGAGGCGGUGGAGGCGAUGGAGGCGAUCAAGGGCAUGAAGAUGCUGCAGCACUUCAAGGCCCACGUCGGCGCGGUGUGGUGCGCAGAGUUCAGCAGGAAGGGGCAGUACCUGGCCACGGGCGGAGCUGAUGGCCUGGUAAAGAUCUGGGACAUCGGCGUCGAAGAGGACGGGUCGCGAGAGCUUGACAGCAGCGACGGAGGCGGAGGUGGCGAUCUGGGUCCGCUCAGCAGCAGGCCGCCGCCGCCUCCGCCGCCGCCAUCGGCGGGUGCGCGGUUCACGGGCCGCCUGGAGAGGUCGGACAGCGACGUUUCGCUUGCUUCGGUGACCUCGGUGGUUUCUAUCGCCUCUGUCGCUCCUUCGGCGGCCGGGAGCACCUCUGACUGUCAAGAUCCCGUGCCCCCUCUCCGGAGGGGAGAGCUGGUCAUCGGCGGGCGAGCGUCCCGCGUCAUGCGCGGCCACAACGGGGACGUGGUAGACCUCUCCUGGUCCUUGAACGCUUUCCUCCUGUCGGCCGGCCGGGACGGCAGCCUCCGGCUGUGGCACCCGGCCCGCCUCGGGUGUGUGCACCUGUUUCCACAGACGGGGGCGGCGACGCCGACGUCAUGCUCGUUCAACCCGCGGCUGGAGAACUCGUUCGCCACGGGCGGGGAGGAUGGGAAGGUUCGUGUGUGGAAGAUCACCUCGGCCAAGGUGGAGGCGGAGGUCCAGCUUCCCAACCGCGCGACGCACGUCAGGUUUUCGCCGGACGGGAAGGCUCUAGCCGCCGGCAUGGUGGGCGGCCAGGUUCGAUUCAUGACCUCGGAAAGCCUCCAGCCUAUGGCCCAGGUGGAAUUGCGAAGCAGGAAGGGGGCUGGCGGGGUGUCGAGCAUCAGUUUUAAGUCGGCAAGCGCCGGAAAGGGACAGGUGCUGGUCAACGGAGCCAACGGUCGUCUCAGGAUGUACCGCAUAGAACCGUUGGCCGCGGGAUCCUCCGCCAUCUCUGCGGCCGUGGCUCUCGCCAAGAAGUACGGCUUCGGGGACCGGGGCAGGGCGGUGGUAACAAGGAUAGCCAACCUGAAGGCAUUUUCUGGCCACCUUAACCCCGCGCUGCCGAUCCGUGCUUCCGUGAGCGAGGACGGACGCUUCGCGAUGUGCGGCUCGGAGAAUGGCUUGGUGCACGUCUGGGAUUCGGGGCCCCACGCCCCCUGGGCGGCCCGAGGGCACGUGUCCCUGGAAGGCACCACCGCCUUCGCGGAUGAGGAAGAAGGUACGUCUCCCGCCAGGGGAGGGCCUCUCACCAACAUGCGCUCGGCCUCGGUGUCGCCCACGGGCAGCCUGAGCCCGUCUCAUCGCACCGCCAGCGGCAGGGGCAGGCGCAGAGAUGUCGCGGAGGGCGGUGGAGGCGUCGAGGACGACGACGACGCCGCUGUCGACGGCGGCAAGGUUGGCGAUGCCGGCGGCGUCGUGGGCGACGGCAGCGGGGAUUCGAUGCCAACACCGACGCUGGCGGCGAUAGGCAGCAACGGCAAGAGCGGCGGCGGGGCGGGCGGAGGAGCCAAAAAGACUUCCACGCGUUUGAGGAGAUCACCGUUCUCGAAGUCGCCAACCAAGAGGGACGGGAGGGCCAAAGCUGCUGCUGCUGCUGCCACUGCUGCUGCUGCUGCUGCCGCUGCUGCUGCCGCUGCCGCUACCAGUGCGGCCCCUGCUGGGGGGGGGGGCGCGGCGGCAGCUGCGAAACACGACACUUCCGGCAGCGGCGCGGCUGUCACCUUGGCGCUGUUUGUCCCGAAGGCCGCAGUGGCGCGGUUCGAGCGGGCGAACGGCCUGUCGGCGAAGAUUCCCCACGGACUUCACCAGGCCCCCAGCCACCAGCGGCCCGUCCCGAAGUCUGCUCAGCCGCGAAGACGGACCAGUAUCCCAUCCAUUGCAGAGGUUAUGCCCGGCGGCGGUGGCGGCGGUGGCGGCGACAACGUCGGCUCUGCCGGCGGCGGCAACGGAUCUCUCGGCCGGCAUUCCUUCCCGCCGAAUGCAGAGAGGGAGGAUCAGGAGAAAAAAGGCGCGGCGGCGGCAGCAGCAGCCGCGCGGUCGACGCUUCAGGUGGGGCGCGCGGGAAGGACCGGGGUUUCUUCGAGGGUUAUCCAGCGCCGCGGCAGCGCGAGCGAUGCCGCCAUCGAUUCGGCAGCGGCAUCUUCACCCCGUAGAGGCUGCGGCGGCGGCAGCAGCAUGGCUAGUGAUCGGCGACAGCAUUCGAGGGGGUCUCGGGGAGGAAGCGGUGAGGGCAGCGGCGGCAGCGGCGACAUGAGCCUGAGGCGGUCGGUUAGCCAUGGCACCGGAACGGCGGAGCACGACGGCGCCGCCGCCGCCGCCGCCGCGGGGAGGGAAAGGGGCGGCUCCGGCGACCGAGCGCAGCAGCGGCGACCGCCCCCGCCGUACCAGGACCGGACGCUGACGGGCCUGCCGUCUUCUUCGUCGUCUCCGCGGCAGGUGGAGCACGAGCAGCAGCGACAGCACCGGUCGAAGCGGCACAGCGACAGGGUCUCUGGGGGAGAAGGGGCGGGGUCGGCGGCCGCUGCAGCGGGAGACCUGGGCACCGGCGCCUCGCCGCCGCCCUACGCCCCCAGCGCCCGGUGGGGCUGGGAGCAGGAGGACGACAGCGGGUCGAGGCGCCUCGCAGCCCGCGCGCGCGGCGGGAAAGGGCGGAGCAGCGGCGGCGGCGGCGGCGGCGAAGGAGAAGGAGCUUCCGCGGGCCGCGUUGUUACCGUGGACGUGUACCGGCAGCCCCCGUCCGAGGACACGGCGCCUUCAACGAGGGGGAGGGAUAAGGACGGCCGGCGGUUGGACGGUGGUGGCAGCAGUCGACGUACCCACCACGCCCCCGCGGGCGGAGCCAGAUGGAGCGAGCGGACCUCCUCAGGCCCCCUGGUAGAGAUCAUGAUGUCUUCGCCCUCGGUGUCCCCGACGGCCUCCAGAUCUCCGGGGAAGAGGGCCUCGACGCCUUCGGCCGCGGCGGCGGCGGCGGGACCAGGGGCUUCCGCGCCUCUCGGAUUGCCGCCGCCGCCGAUGGAGGGCAUCAAGGUUGGCCCCUCGGAGUGGUCGUGGGACGCGUCGGAGAAGGGAGCUGAAGGCGGCGGGGGUGCGUCGGGGGUCGAUGGGAGGUCCAGAGCCGGCCGUGGCGGGAGGGAUCCCUCCUCGUCGUCUACAGCGUCGGCGGCGGCGGCGGCGGCGGCGGCGAGUCCCGUCGCGCCGAACAGCCUUAUGAUCGCUACGGACAGCCUGGGGAAUGUCCGCAUCUACGCCAAGCAAGCCCUCCUGAAGGCCCUCAAGCGAUCCGUGUUUUCGGCGUCGUCGAGAUGAUGUUGAUUGACGCCACAGGAACAUCCACCGCACUUUCUAUUGUCGUAAAAAUGGCGACAAGUAGAGUUUUUUCGCAGAUGUAUGAAUUUCCGGUGUGUAGUCUGUCUAGUUUAUGAUAUGUUUUUUCCCCUAUGUGUCUUGGCUACCCCCCGCCCCCCCUCUCCCCCGUAGAGUGUUGUAGAAACACCCCCCACACGCGCGGUGGUGUGUGCGAUUGCGCCGGGCCAAUUCAGAUCACUCGACUGUCCAGCAGUGCAGUGCAGUGCAGUUGUAGCCAGGUCCAGCUUGGUGGGACCUAUAUGCACAUGUGGCGUGCGUUCGAACUAUUUUUGCAAGUCGAUUUUUCACAAGGCUUUUUCUUCUUGCACAUCAUCGUUAUCCUGUGUUUUGAGUUCUUGUUUCUUUCCUUCCGAUUUCUCGGCGUCGUGUGUGAGAACAGACUACCCACGUUGCGUGUGUGUCUGGCUGCUCCGGACACCUUUUUUCCCCCGACCAGGCGCAACUGAUGCGUCUUUUGAUAUCCGACCACAGCAACUACUAUUGAGAAAAUUCCAGCAAACCAUCAACUGGCCUGCCUGCCAGCGCUUCUUUUGCUGAGGACGCGUCGGCGGGGGUUGUCUUUUGUGUAACAGCGGCGGCGUGCAGACAGCAGCAGCAGUUGCUGCCGUUUUCUGGUAGAAUCCCAUGGAGCGGGGUUGCUACAAAUGGAAGUUUCCCAUAUGGCUCACGGCAUAUGCGGUUUUCGGCCGGUCAGAUUGCCCGGCCACGUUGAGAUUUCUAUCAGCCACGAAAGGGCUUUUCGUUUUUACUGGCGGCGAACCUGGGGGGGAGAGAAGAUGUACGUGCAACUUUCGGUGUGGUGUACAAUCGCUUUUCGUAUCGUAUCACAUGUUUUCGUUUUU